CCCUCCCUUCGCCGUCUUCUUCAUAUCCUCAAGCAGGAAGGAUGCUUCUAAAGCUGCUGCUCUGUGAGACACCAUGUCUUUUCAGGACACACUUGUAAAUCUUCUGUAUUACAUUAUUUGUAACCAGUAAGUGUCCAUGCCAGAAGACACUUUGUUUUUGAGCUGGAAUCCUUUGUCCACUGCUCUUGGAUUAAACCCCUUUACGUCUCCAGAGGACUACUGUAUAUAAAACCAUGGAAGUAUACUAGUGCAGAAAUUUUGAGAGUUAAAUGGUCAUUGCACAUUGGGAGAGAACAGGUGGCUAUUGUCCCAAAAGAUGAAAAUCCUACGGAGCUUCCGGAGGAAAAGCAGCUGGAGAAUAAUGGCUAUAGUGAGAUCCUCACUCCAGAAAGUGAUUCUCUUUCUGCACAGAGCUCAAACCAUGACUUUUACAUCACCAAGAUAUCAGAAACUCUGCAAGGAUAUUCAGACAGAGAUCAAUGCAAAAUGUGUUUCCUCCACAAGAAGGUCCAGUGACCUGUCAGGGGGUUUCACAAGAAUGAGCCCUGUUGAAAAUAUCCACAUUCAUGAUUAUUCUAUCUCUCCUAACAGGGACUGUGUAGAGCUUCACAGUGAGAAUGACGCAGGUCUGGUGACUCUCCUGGAAGAUGUUUGGUUUUGUACAAGACUAGAAGUCGAAGAACUGAUCAGGGAAAGCACCACUGGAGAUGAUAUUAAUAAAUUACAUCAACAACAAGACUACAAUAUGGCUCUGCAGAGACAGCUCAUCAGCCGAAGGUCAGAUCCCGAGUCUCCUAUGAAGCAGGUGUGUCUCUUGCCUCUGCAGCAUGUGGAUCCUAUGAGUGAAAGCGAUGUGAAAGAAGCAGCAGAGUCUGCCCUACAGGAGGGGAGCAUGUGGCUCACUCAAGCUGCAGUCCAGCAUCUCUCAGAUAGGUUCUGUUUUAACACAGCCAGCUGGCAGCAGCAGGUCACCUGGGUGCUGAGAAAACUGCAGGACCUCCAGGAUGACAUGCAUCAGCUAAACUUGGCAGAGAGGGAGAAUAAAUGGGAGGGAUGGUGCUCAGAAGGACAAACGCUGGUCAGCUAUAUGCUGGACGGUUUGGAUGAAAGCCAAAGUUUUGCUGAGGCUACAGCAGAACUGUACUCCAAUCCAAAAGAAAUCACUAGCUGUUUGGUUCUACAUUCUGACAUUCAUCUGACUCCAAUCUCAUCGCCACUGCCUCAUAGCUGUAAAAGACUGGACAUUCCAGUGGCACCAGUGGUGAAUCAGCUUAGGCAAUUCCUAGAUCCUCAAGUUGAUAACAAACUGCUGGCUCAAGAUUUCUUAUCUGACUCUGUUCAGUACCCAUGGCAGAGGGCGGUAUUUCAAAACACUGUUCCUUAUUAUAUCAAUCAUGAAAAGCAAACUACAUCUUGGGAUCAUCCCAUGAUGACUCAGCUAUUUCAAUCAAUGACUGAGCUCCGGCACGUGCGAUUUUCAGCCUACCGCACAGCUUUGAAGAGCCGGAGAGUUCAGAAAGCCUUGUGUUUGGACCGCCUGGAGUUGGCCGUGGCUCAGGGAGUCUUUGAACAACAUCAGCUGGCUCAUAAUGAGCAAGUUUUGGAAGUUCCAGCUAUCAUUACCUGUCUAUUGACAAUGUACACUGAGCUUCAGCAGGUCUAUCCAGAGCUCAUUGAUAUCCCUCUGUGUGUGGAUUUGUGUCUUAACUGGCUUUUAAAUGUUUAUGACAGGGGACGAAGUGGGAGAGUUCAAGUUCUGUCCAUGAAGAUUGGAAUUCUUUCUCUUUCAAAAAGUCAUCUUAAAGAGAAGUAUAAAUAUCUGUUCAAUCAGGUGGCCAGCUCUGCAGGAGUGUGUAACCCAAAACAGCUGGCACUGCUGCUACAUACCACUAUUCAGAUCCCAAACCAGCUGGGUGAGGCUGCUGCUUUCGGAGAGAGUAAUGUGGUACCAAGCGUCUACAGUUGCUUUCAGCAUGUGGGCAAUAAGGACACGGUUGAGCUGGAGCAGUUUGUGGAGUGGAUGCAUCUGGAGCCUCAGUCCAUGGUGUGGCUGCCGGUGCUGCACAGAUUGGCUGCAGCCGAGAAUGCCAAGCACAAGGCCAAGUGUAACAUCUGCAAAGAGUGUCCUAUGGUGGGCUUUAGGUAUCGCAGUCUGAAGCAUUUUAACUAUGAUGUCUGUCAAAGGUGUUUCUUCACGGGAAGAACUACUAGAAGUCACAAAUUAACCCAUCCUAUGGUGGAAUACUGCACCCCCACUACCUCUGGGGAAGAUAUGCGUGAUUUCACCAGGGUGCUGAAAAACAAGUUCCGUCCUAAGAAGUAUUUCAGUAAACACCCACGUCUUGGCUAUCUGCCAGUCCACACCAUCGAUCAGGACAUAAAUGAAGAAUACACAUACAGCCACAUGUUCCAUGAGUCCAGUCAGAGAACACCUUGUGUGCAGUUGGACAGUGGACAUGAGGGAUCAGGAACACACCAGACAAAUGUUCAGGGAGCAGUGACAAGCAAGUACAACGUCACUGCAUUUGUAUGUGGCACCCUAUGAGUGUAAACCAGUGUUAUCAUAGAUCUGGCCCAGCAUUGGGCCUCCUGUGAUGUUUACGGUUUUGACUUUGAACUUAAGAUAAACAUUAGAACCUUUAAACAAUUCCAAAAUUGUUCAAUUUGUUCAAUUUUGGAAUAAAUAUCUCUAUAGCUGCUUUGUUCCAGAUUAGUUCCUCUGUGACAUUAUCUGUGUUAAGGCUGCCUCUUUAUGAACAGUGGGGGCCAAAAGUAUUGAAACAAAAGUGAAAUUCAAUCUUUUAAUUACAUUCUCUUUUUUUUAAAUAAUGACUAUCAAGAUAAUAAGAAAAUAUAUUUUUAAUACAACAAUCAGUAUUUAUUAUGAGGUCCUUUAUUCUUUUAAACCUGCUGGGCCUGGCUGGGCACAGAGUCAAAAAGACGUCAACAAUACCCUGGUGUCACUCGCACAAGCCAUGCCUGCUUGAUUGCUUCCUGAAGAUCAUGCACAGAAAUGUGCCACAGAAAUUUACUUGAAAAUUCCCUGUUUUAGCCAUUUUUGUGCAGAGGUAGAUACACCAGCUUAAAAAAGUAAAGAUCCUGCCACAUAUUUGUUCAUGUAUUACCUAAACCAGCUGAUUCUUAUUAGCACAAAUCUUCAGCCAGAUAGGUGAGAACUAAUUAGGGACAAGACUGGUUUUGUGCACAAGGAGAAGUAAUACGUUGUCUUAAUACUUUUGGCAAUCACUGUACAUGAGAUUAAACUUGUAAUAAUUCGUUUUACUCUUGUAGUAAUGCAGUCUGUAUUUAUUGAUUUAAUUUGUUAUAGUAAUGCAGAUUUCAGUGUUAGGGACUGGGACUUUACGCUGAAUGUGAUCCACAGUGAAUAUAGUUUUACUUUUAAACCAUAUUCUUUUUAUCAAACUGACCAGACAUUAGCGAGAAUUCUCAGUCUGAUGUUCAUCAUCACUCAUAGCACAUACUGUAUCAGCAUCAAAGAUAAGAGGAUUGGAAAAAAAAUGCUCCAGGAGAAAUAUAAAGAGCAGAACCCAGAACGUAAAUAUUACAAGAUGCUUUUUUCUGCGCUCUCAGCAUGAUUCCGCUUACUAAGAGCAUGUUUGUGUUUGAUACACAAAUAACACAAACGCUGUUUACUUAUUAUAUUAAUCUGCACACUGGACCUGUUUAUGAACGUCAUGUAUGAAUUUCACAUUUUACAACUCCAAUACUUCUAUGCUGCUUUUAAUUAAAGUAAACAUUUCUUUCUUUCAUUUCACCAUAAUUACAUUUUAUCACUGAGCUCAUUUAUCAUUGAUGAGUCAUAUUCUUCUAUGAUUUGUUUAUAAGCCUGUUUAUAAUUAUACCCACUUGAGCGAUUACUUAAUUUUGUUUUCGCUUUGCCUGGUGACAGACUCUAUCAUUAUACUAUGAAAUAGAAGUCCAUUUAUUUUGACAUCUAUUAAAAUAUUGAGUAAGCCUGUCUUAGUCUUGUACAGCCACCAUCCAAUGAAAAAUCUAAAAUUGAGAAUAUUUCAUCCCUCUGUUUUAAAUGGGGCAUGAUUUAGUAUGUGGAUUUUUACUUAAAAGCAUUUAGUCUAAACUCCAUGUCUGAAUGUGCUGCCUUGAAAUUUUAUUGACACAAAAUAUUUAAACUGUUGAUAAAUAAAUAUAUCAACUGUAAUUUUAAAUAAAUAAAAAAAAAAUCUGAAAUUGUCAGGAAAUCAUGUUUAUACAUCAAAGUUUCCAACAUCAUUUACAGGUUAAUGGGUUAGAAUGACCAAAAAGCAUUUUAAAGUUGGUCGAGUAUUUACCCUGUAGCAAUUUCACAGUCCAUAUUUAUUAACUCACUCUGCAUUGUCAUUUGGAGGACACAAUAUCAGACUGAACAGGAAAGACUGUUUUUUAUCAGUCAAAAGUGACAAAUUGACUCAUCUUAAGCAGUGGUAUGACUCAUCACAAUCCUCAUGUUUUUUUAAGGGAAAUCCAAUUGGGAAAAAGUAUAUUAUGCAAUUUUAAGCCAAGAAAACAUUCAAACACACGAUGCUCCAAAAACUAAUUUAAGUGAGUCAUAUGAAACUGCAAGAGCUCACCGCACAUCACCUAUUUGGUCACUGUCCACUGGAUUAAUCAAGCUAUUGCAGACUAGCUGUCUAAAUAUCAUAUUACCCCCGACAUUGACAAAUAUGUAUAUAGGUUUUAAAGCUAUAUCCAUAAGAGUGCCCUUUCAGAGAGAAGCUGAUUUAUUACAGCUGUGUACUGUCAUUCAGAGUGAGAGAUCAUGACCUUUUCUCUGUUUAUCUUUAAAAUUAAAUCUAAUUUCUAAAGAAUUUGCAGGCAAGCAGUUUUACUCAGAAUUCAAGAGCCCCAGGGCAACCUGUGAAAAUUCCAAGUCCAUGCCGCAUCAAUUAUGUCGGUUGAAUUAUGUAAUAUAAUAUAAAUAUAGGCACACUGCUCUUUCAAAUUCUGCUCAAACCAAUUUUGUGUAUAUGCAGCAGUUCAAAAGCCCACAGCUCUACAUACAUUACUGUGUCUCAGCUUUGUCAUUGCUGAUUUAACUCCUAAAGGCAUUGUUAACUUGAGUGCUAGUUAUAUUAAGUAUAUAAAUUAACUCCAGACUGCCAUCUAGUGGUGAUAAAAAAUACUUUGUAUUUUUUUUACUAUGUAUGCUUUUUUAGCCUUCAUUAGGACAUUAGGAAAUGAUUUAAAAACAAAUAAUUAUAUUAAAGUAAAUUGAGGAAUG